AUGUCGUCCGACAGUGACACCCUUAGCCACGACUCCCGCCCCAGCAACUUCAAUGAUGGGGCUGAGGCGAUCCUGGCAAAUGCCAUCUUGUUUGAGAACCGUUCAAACAGGUCUACUCCAGAAAGUCAUUGGGGAUGCACUAGGUGUCCUGGCCAUGGGCAAAGCGCCCCCGUAUAUUCCUGUGGAUGCUAUAAGCAUAAUGUGGCACUACUCAGAGAGUUCGAACUUGAAGACUGGCCUCCUGAUGAGCAGGUGUUUCAACUUGUAGAUGAAGGAGCUGAACAACAUGAACCGCUGGAGCCACGGUUAGAAGUUCCAAGUCGAGAUGGUGGUCUUGAAGACGCUGAUGAAUCUCAUAGAAAGCGAAAAAGGUCUGAAGAUGACAGCACUCCACGCAACUUAGGCCAUGACAUUACUAACAUACGAGCAACAUCAGUACCUAUCAUUGAACUUCCAUCUGAGAAACACAGGAAGAUCGGAAGAAAUUUUGAGUUAUCUGAAGGCGGAUUGCUGGCAAAGGUCAUGCAGGAAGUCGUGGGAGUGCAUGAGGCUAUGAGUAGGAUUGAAGCAAUCAUCAAUGGGAAAAACUAA